AUGACGCCUUUCUGUACCCUUUGCCUCGCGCCGGCCGUAAACGCGCUGCGCCGUUUGACCCCAGCGCGGCGCCGUAGGCCACACUGCAAGCCGGCGGCAGAGAUGGCUGAUGUGUCGGAGAGGACACUCCAGGUAUCUGUGCUGGUGGCGUUCGCCUCCGGAGUGCUCCUGGGCUGGCAGGCAAACCGGUUGCGGAGACGCUACCUGGACUGGAGGAAACGGAGGCUGCAAGACAAGCUGGCUACAACGCAGAAGAAGCUGGACCUGGCCUGAGAGUUGGUGCCAUGGGUCCUAG